AAGGAAGUAGCGGUCCAACAAUCAACACGAGUAGAUUCUUUUUGGGUGCCUUAGUCUUUUAUUACACGUUAUAUCUCAAUGUAAACAACGAAUACCAAAAGACAGAAGUCUCAUCUCAAGAGCAUACAUCUGUUGGAACCAGUUUAGUUGUAUUGUUGUCAUCCUUUGUGGUCUUUGUGUGUCUCUCAAGGAGCUCUAUGGAGAGAUACUCAAUCCAGAAAGUCAUCGGUGAGGGCUCUUUCGGUCGGGCUUUGUUAGUUCGGUGUAAAAGCAGUCAGGAGAAGUAUGUGGUCAAGGAAAUCCAGCUUCCCAAGAAUAACUCCAAAUUGGAGAAUCCGAGGAGGGAAGCCAUCCUGCUAUCCAAAAUGAAACAUCCUAAUAUUGUGACCUUCAGGGAGGCCUUCGAAGCUGAUGGCCUCCUGUGUAUUGCUAUGGAGUUCUGCAGUGGAGGAGACCUGCUCCAGAGGAUUCAACAGCAGAAAACUACACAGUUCUCUGUGGAUCACAUCUUGAGAUGGUUUGCUCAAAUGUGUGCUGCGGCACAGCACAUCCAUGAUAAAAGGGUUUUGCACAGAGAUCUGAAGUCUAAGAACAUAUUCCUGACAGAUAAUGGGACAAUCAAGCUCGGGGACUUUGGCUCAGCGUGUAUUCUGAACAGCUCCAAGGCAUAUGUUGGAACACCAUAUUACGUGGCUCCAGAAAUCUGGGACAACAAGCCAUACAACAAUAAGAGUGAUGUGUGGUCUCUGGGCUGCGUUUUGUACGAGCUCUGCACCCUGCGACACCCGUUCCAGGCAUCCAGCUGGAAGAGCCUUAUUCUUAAGGUGUGUCGGGGUGCGUACCCUCCCCUCCCCAAUCACCUGCCCUACGAACUGCAGUAUUUGCUCAAGCAGAUGUUUAAGACAAACCCAAAAGACAGGCCGUCCAUGCACAGCAUCCUGACCUCCCACAGGGUUUCCAAACUCCUCCGUGCACAUCUGCCCUCCCAGGCGCUAGAGACUCAGGAACAGGGGAGGCGGACGGCUCGAUGGAAGAGAGAAGAGGGGAAGAAGGUGGCUAAUCUUCUGGGAGAGAAGAGUUUGAUAACAACGUCGACAUUUGAAGGCGUGGAGUUACAUGAAGCCCACUCUGAAAGCAGAGAGCCGGGUCCUCGUAAGCAGUGGGCCGCGGGGCCCUCGGACACUGUGCUGCAGAUGUUGGCCAACGCCAGCCUCGUCUCCUCGGACAGCAUGGGGUCAACCUGCCAGUCCCUCACAGAGGAGCCAGGGGACAGCCGGCAGAGGAGACGAUGGGACAAGGAUCCUCCAGAGACGCUUCUGAGUGUGUUGGAGAAGGCCCAGCUGAGCAGAGCCUUCAGCACCUUUUUAAUAAACCCAGGAGGUGAGGACCCUCUGGUGGGACCCCUCUCCCAGCCGCAGGGGGACCACCCUGAUGGUCCUGAGCCUGAAGUGGCCUUAGAUGAGGAGCGACUGCAGCCUCGCUCUGAUGAUGAGGACACGGACUUUGAGGAAGAAUAUCCAUGCGAUUGGAUGGAUGAAGUUGAGAAAAUGUUUUCAGAACACUAAAGUCAGGAUGCUUACACAAUCACACUGUAAACAAUCACUACAGACACUAACUGUUUGCCAAAAUCAUUUCACAUCAUGUAUAUGAGACCAGGUCUGGAUCUUUUAUCCACGUUUACAGAAACCCAGUUAAGCUCUAACAACACUGGGUUCUUUAUAAUGUAUGUUUCAGGUGCUGCAUUGAUUUUUUUUAUCGCAAAAAUCCACUAAAGUUCCAAUUGUAUACUGUUAAACUCUUUUACAUAAAGAUAUUUGAGUUGUGUGUG